GCGCCACAAUUUACUUUUGACUUUGGCUAGUUCUUCUUAAUGGAGGCGUCUGUUUUGUUUUCAGUCUGAUAACAUACCACACACUGUUGCUAACCUACUGAGUCAAGUGAAGCAUUAACGAAUUCGCCAGACCGGAUCUUUUUUUGCCGCGUGUGAUACCGCGGAGGAUGUUGGAAGUUAAACGGUUCUUGUUAUUUGAGCCAUUUCUGUCCCGUUAGCAGAGGAACUCGUACGGCGCUGCAGUUAGCUUAGCCAGCUAGCCGCCCUUGUUGGAACAGAGAGCCGAGUAUGACGAGGAGCUGAGGAAAAUGCCAGGGUCGAACCAUUCAAAAAGCCCAGAAUAGUUAUACAGUUGAAACAUGAAUCGCAUUCAGGUGAAUUUGCGAGGUUUGCCUUCCCACGUAUUGGAAGCAGUGUGCAGACCAGAUACAGCACAAAACACCAGGUUACCAGAGAGCAUCAUCAGCCCUUUAACAUUUCCUAAAUCUAAAAUGCACCUUUGGGAUCCGACUCCUAAUGGAGAUCUUGUCAGUCUUCAUCUUUCUUUCUACAGAAAGCCCAGGCUGCUGCUCAUGGAGAAAGCGCUGCGUUUGGCUCAUCGUCAUGCACGACAGAGCAAGAAGCCUCAGUUUUCCUGUUUCCUUCUUGGGAUGCUAGCUGUGGAGAGCGAUGAGGAAGGCGUGACGAUCACAUUGGAUCGGUUUGACCCCGGCAGAGAGCAACCCGACGGCUCCACGAAAUCGCCGACUGCCCUCCUCCCCGGCGACAUCCUGGUGCCAUGUGUGUUCGACUCUCAGCCCGUUCCCGACACCACCGUGUACACUGCACGUGACCUGGACAUCACUUUUAAGAUGUUGGAGCAUUCCUGCAGCAGCAGAGAGACGAUGGAGCUGUGUAAGCUGAUUAGUCUGCGUGUGCGUCUCAGCUGUGUGGAGAACAUGGACCGGCUGAGCUUCAGCCUGAGCUGGGCCGGAGUGACGUUGUCCAGCUCACUGGAGGCCGUCCCCGUGCGCGUACUGCCCGUCAUCCCUACUGCGCUGGCCAGGAACCUGAGUAGCCCUGCCAGCAUGGCACAGCCUCUACACACUCACACUAACGCGGGGAAACGAGGGUUCCUGACCAUGGACCAAACCCGCAAACUGCUCCUCAUCCUGGAGUCGGAUCCAAAGGUCUACACGCUUCCUCUUGUCGGAGUAUGGUUAAGUGGUGUUACCCACAUCCACAACCCAGUGGUGUGGGCAUGGUGUCUCAGGUACCUGUACAGCUCCUCCCUCCAUGACAGAGUGAUGUCGGAGGACGAGGCGUUCCUGGUGGUCCUGUACUCGCUCACUCACCGGGAUCCUGAGUUUUACCAGUGCAAGCUGCGUGGGCCGAAGGAUAUGAGCUAUCAGCUUCUCGUCAGCACAGAAUCACUCACACUUUAUAAGAAUGUGGAGCCAGCAGAGGGACGUUUGCUGCACUUUGAUCUCGGUGCUGAGAGCCAGAAUCGGGAGGCUGAGCUCUUUAAAGAGGCGUUGUCUCGUUCAGCGUUACCGAGAGCUGGAACUGCAUCAUCAGCUGUAGUCCAGAAUAAACUGUCCAUCAGCGACCAUGACUCAGGAGUUGAAGAUGAGGAUCUCUCUCCUCGGCCAUCUCCUAACCCUCACCCCAUCAGCCAACAGACAAGACAAGUCCAGCCCUCUGUGCCAGAACUCUCCAUGGUUUUGGAUGGCAGCUUCCUGGAUGGAAAAGUAGUGGAAUCCUAUGAGCACACUCUGACACAUCCUGUCCAAUCAAAUCCUCAGCUUAGGAGCUUUAGCAGCAGUACUCCACCCUCCCACCCUGCACCACGACCAACUUCUCAGAGUGUCAUGGCUGGCCCUCCACCUAUCAGGCGACCUCUGACCCCAGUGUUGUCCCAGCCAAAGCUCAAUAGAACACAGUCCACUAUUGGGCACCAACCAUCCACGUGCAGGAAAUCUGUUCCCUCUGUGGGCCGAAGAUCGAGCAAUGGCUUCUCUGCUUCAUCAUCUUCCUCCUCGUCUUCUUCACCCAAGGCUGGCUCAUCUCCAAGUGGCUCUAUCCAGGAGCGCACACAAAGAUCUGGUCACCCAAAUCCUCCAGUGCCAAACCAAAAGAGCAAAAAAGUGUCCAUCAGUGCAGAUCAGACGGCACUGCUGCCCCCUUCUCAGCACAUGGUGUUCCACAGUACCCCUGCUUUCAACCCCGCCUGCAGCUGCUGCCCUGCCCACCGUGCCCACAUGCCCAUGUACCAGGGCAACACCUGGCAAGGGACUCCAUCUUCACCUAUGCAGAACCCUGUGCAUUGUCCUCCUGAAGGCAGCCCACAUCGGGACUGCUGUCUGUCCCCUACCAAGCCUGCGUUGUCUCUGGGGUGCCGCAUGUCACCUGCUCAGAGCCCUGUGUGCCAUGCUAGCAUUCCCCUGCACUACUCUCCAUCACAUGCACCACACAUUCCCAACGCCAACCCUUGUAGUGGAGCUCUGGACCACACAGCGCCCAUGUGCCAGGCUCAGUGCUGCCAGCUGCAGCCUGGUGCCACUGCAGUCACUGCACCAGACAUAGGCGUGGGCCUUCUUCCUGCUGAUGCCUACAGGAUGCUGAUGGAGCAGGACCGGCAGCUGAAGCAACUGCAGGCUCAGAUCCAGAAACUUCUUGAUGCCCAGAGCAAGGUGCCAGAGUCGCCUCGAGCAUCUCCAGAGGAGCAGCAGGAGCAGGCCAUUCAGACCUCAGUGCUUUCUGAGCCCCUAAAGAAGACGAGUGUGAGCAUCGCAGUAGGAACAGGUGCCAGUUUGUUCUGGAGUGCUCCCGAUCAAAGCUCCAUACAUGAAGAACAGUCUGAGUGUGAUCCAGAGGCGAACAGCACAGUGUCCUCCAAACUCUGCUCAGAGACGAUCCACCAUAGCAGAGAGGAACUGAGCCCUGCGACACCUCGACACUCCACAUCAUCGCCACAACACAACACAUCAGAUGUAGCAGGUUCUUUUCAGAGUCCUGUAUUAGGAGCAAGUGCGAGCAUGUAUUAUAACUCUCAGUCUCACGACACAGAGGACUUCUCUCAAAAUGGAGAAAUACCCAGUCAGAGAUUUUAUCAAGAGUUACUGGGUCAAGUGAAAAGCCGUCUCCAAGACUGUGUACCUGAAGAAGAAAAAACGGAGCGGGACGUGCAGAGUCCUCGUCCCAGACACAGUCUGUCACCUAGAAAUUCUCCUCCAAACCAACCUGCACUCGGAGAGCAGAAUGCUGAGGGUUCAGAGGAGGAUCGGGUGUUCAGCGCCACACUCAGACAGCUGCAGAGCCUCGGCGUCAACGUGGAGCUCAGUACAGGAAAGUCCAACCGCAGCACUGUGGAGAGCGCCAGCACGCUGGCUUGUAUAAACCCUGAUGCGGUCAUCCCGAGGCUGACUCUCUCUGAACAAGUGGGCAGCAGCAUCUGUGGGCUGAGUGGCGGCGUGGAUCUGAGUUUAGAAGCAAACGCCAUCGCUCUAAAGUACCUCAGCGACUCUCAGUUGUCCCGCCUGUCGCUGGGAGGCCAGUCUCCUGGGGGUCGAUCCAACCCCAGCACGCUGCUUUUUGGAAGGACUCCACUGGACAAGAGCAGCACUGGAUUGAGCAUCCUUUCCUCCAGCAACAUGUCACUAGCCACCUGCAAGUACAUGAAGAAAUACGGACUGAUUGAAGGUGGCGGCGGCGGCAGCAGCAGUGAGGAGGAAGAGGACGACUGCAGCGAGAGAGCACAGAAAGCACAGACUGACUCUGCACUCGGCUGCUCCUUGCAACUAGACGUAUCAGAAAACGUGGGGCGAGAGCGGGACACUGGUUUUAUUCUAAAAAAUUUAACAAAUAACAAGCAGCCUGAGCCACUUCUCUCCGCUCAAGACUCUCAAAGCCAACUAAUACGAGACUUAAGGCCUAAAAUGCAGCUGCUUGCGCACACAAAAACGAGCCCAGAGAAGGAGAACAACCCAAAACAUGUCCUUCCUCAACCCCGACCUCAGCGCCGGGCCUCUUUAUCUGACAACCACAGACUCGCAUCACUCCCGGAAACUCAAGGCUCUGUCGGGAAUUUUCUUGAUCUCAGCAGGUUGCGACAGCUCCCUAAACUGUUCUAAUAUAUAAUAUGUAUAUAUGUAUGUGUGUGUGUGUGGUGGUGUGUUUGUUUUUUUUUUUUGUUUUGUUUUUUUUGUCGUCCCCCCCAGAAAGCAAGAUUUGAAUAGACCUGGGAUUGUUUUUUAUCUUUUUAAUCAAGCAUUUUUUCAGAAUGUACAUGUACCACUAUGCUUUUAUUAUGAAGAUACACUUUGGAGAUACUCUUUUUGUUUCGUGUGUGUGUGUGCGCGCGUGUGUUGAUGUUGUGGGGUCUAUAAAAUGUAGGUCUUUUAGACACAAAUGAAAUGUUGUUCUCUUGUACAGUCUGGAAUGCUAUUGCUUUUUUUGUUCUUAUAUUUUUUGUAUUUUUUUUUUUGUAUUUGGAGAAAGUGAUGCCAGUUGUUUUAUGAAUUAAAGAACCUUAAAGUUAA